CCACAACAGACUGGAUGCUCAACAGCGAACUUGAAAUCCGACCCUCCCCUCGUUUGCUGCAUUAUACGAAACAAGACAAAGAUUCCUAAAAAAAGACUAAAGAGUAAGCCUACGGACAUGUUAUACUGGACCUCAAAAUUCUUUGUGGUUAGCUAACAGAGUUUUGAAGUCGUAGGUCUGUCCAAAAUGGACACAAAAUGGCUACCGUGGGCAUGAUGUUGAAUGCGGCCAGUUUGUCGACAGAGGGCGCUUCUGCGUCUUUACAAAUCCCAGAGGGACACGUUCCAGAAGAUGCACCGCAGCCUUUAAGUGUCCAGUGCGCCAUCCACCACGUGCAUGAGUAUUCGUGAAUCAGUGCACGGUAACAUUGGCGUAUUCAUCGCAUAAACACAUAGAAGGGGUCCUUCAACUGUGAGAGAUUCGAUUGGGUACUUGCUGUAUGGUUGGAUUGCACGGGCAUUUUGCACAGCGCUAUCAGUGCUUCCAAUGAGUUCCAACACGCGGUAGGGACGGCCUGGAAGACUCCCCAAACGCUGGCGGUGGUUGGACCGAGUGUACCUACUGCUUGGUAAAUUUUGUUGGCUGAGGGCGUGGUUGGUGGUGGUAUUGCUGGAAUAAACUUAACCUUGGAUUACCUUCUCUUCACUCCGGAUGUUGAGAUCGUGGACUUGAGGAGGCUGUAGAGAUGGGUAGGGGAGAGGACGAAUGCGCUAUUCGCGAUCAGCAGUUCAACACGGGAACAAAAGAAAGCUUGAUGUGUCCUCCGGACUGGGACACCACACUGUGCUGGCCGGCUACUCCUGCAAACUCCUCCGUCGUCUUGAAGUGCCCUAACCUCGACUGGUUCGACCCCGAUGCCAGCCUUUCCCGUUUCUGUGGCGCGAACGCAACCUGGGAAUCGGGAGGCACUUACAGAGAUUGCUUCGUCCACAAGAGUAUUCCCACCAGGACACCAGACUAUGACGACGUUUCCGAUGAGAAAAUUGAUUUUUAUUUAGAAGUUCUCCAAGGUGCCAAUUUCAUGCGAUUAAUCGGCGUCUGCUUGUCGUGGGUUACACUGGUGGUGGCGCUAUUGAUCUUCUCAACCUUUCGGAGCCUGAACUGUAAUCGUAUCAAGAUUCACAAGCACUUCUUCGCAGCCUUCCUGAUCCGAAUGACCCUAGAGGUGAUUCUGGUGGCCGACAGACGACACAAGGAGACCAACAGAAAUCAAGGGAACAUAGACGUCAAGACCAUUCAUCUGACUCCGGUGCUGUGUGAGACGUUCGAGACCAUCCGCGAAUACGGCCGGCUGUGUGCUUUCUUCUGGAUGUUCAUUGAGGGCUUCUACCUGACGUGCUUGGUGUCUGCCAACGUCUUCGGCAAGCCCCGCUUCCUCCUCUACUACAUCGUUGGAUGGCUUCUUCCGGUCCCGAUCGUCAUCAGCUGGGCUAUAGCCAUGUAUUACACCAGCACGGCGAGGUGCUGGAAGGAUCACGCCGUGUCGCCGUACUACUUGAUCAUAGAAGUCCCCCGAAAUGGCGCCCUCAUUAUAAACGUUCUCUUCCUGGUCAAUAUCGUUCGGGUUCUGGUGACAAAGCUUCGAGACAGCAACUCAAGCGAAACAAAACAGAUUAGGAAAGCUGCCAAAGGCGCCGUGCUGCUGAUCCCUCUCCUGGGCGUGGCCAACUUGGUCUGGUUCAUCCCCAACCCUACGGCGCGCGACAGCCGGGCCAGCAUCGUCCUCUACAACUACUUGUUCCUCUUCCUGGACUCCUACCAGGGCUUCUUCCUCUGCGUCAUGUACUGCUUCUUGAAUCAGGAGGUGAGGAUGACGAUCCAUCGCAAGUGGUCCACGUGGCGGUACUACCGAGAUCCCCUCCUGCGGCGAACUUCCGUCCUGACGUCCACGACUGAGAUGAGCACGACGCGGGCGGCGUACAGGCCGUCACACCGACCGAAUGGAUCCGCGGUGGGUAACGAAUAUCUGAAGAUGGCUGCUAUCGACGAGAUCAGCAGUACGCAUGCGUGAGCUUUGCGUGACCCUCCUGAAGUGUUUGAGGGCCGACUUUUGGCAAGGGGCUUUCAAUAACAGAAGUGGCAGUGUUGAAUGAAAAGUGUCAGCACAUUUUCUUAGUGAGACCUAACUUAUGAAAGACAGGAAGGAGACGUGUUUAUAGUUAAAAUUUCUUCACUCUUCAUACAGGCCCAUUAUGAUUGGUCGGGUGAGCAUGUUGACAGUAAUACUGUGGUGCAGGCAACGUAUGUUAAGUUUGUAAAGAGAGCAUGUGCUUACAGGAGUGUAAAAAUGUAUAUUUAUUCAAAAGAUCUUGCAUACAGUUAUGUUUUGCUUGUUUGUUUACUUCUUAAUAAUAGUACUGAGCACUGUAUUAGUAGUGAUUUGGAGAUUAACAUUAUUCUAUGUAUUGGUUAUCUGUCCAAAGAAUGUGUGUACAGUUUUUUCGGGAGCAACGGAAUAUUUUCGUCGUAAAUGGGAUGUCGUCUGAACUGAGCAAUAUAUUACGGGUUUGGACUGUAAUUAAGUAGGGCCUAUUCAUUACCAGUGGGUUUGAAGAUUCUUCCUUUACAUUCGUUUCUGUCCGAUGCUCUGCUCAUUCUGUCCUCGGCUGUAAAUUCUAACGCUUUACAGCUGCUUGUCCAACGUCCUUUUAAAUGAACAUGCACACACAAAAGAAGCUAUCGGUCCAGCACCACAGAGCUGUACGGCUCUGCAUGGCUAUUUCAAAUAGCGCUCUCAGGGGAGAUUCCAGCGACACGGAAAGUACUUGUGAUAGUAGGUGGGGCAUUUCUACAUGUAUCUGUUUAAUACGUUCUACACCUUUUAUGGAUUUGUUUUCGUGUCACAAUAGACAGUAAAUAUGUCACUCAGUGGUGCGUAUAUUUAAAUGCAUGUUGUUUGGACUUGUUCUUGUUGCAACUAGUCCACGACUGGCGGGGCAGCAGUGGAGUUCUCAGUGUACAAAUCGUGUCCGUGCUACAGCAUUCUAUUCCUACAAUGUUGGUAAUUGUGUCAGACGUUUCUUGAAAAAUCGAAGGUAACUUCAAUGAUUACUCAUGAUCGAUUGCCCCGCACGUUUUACUGUAUUAGAAACUGAAGAGUACAAGGGAUUUUUUUUGUGGGGGACUCACGCCGGAUUCGGAGUUACGUAGAGAAAUAUAUACGGCUACGGCCACGUUGGGAUGAUGGCGCCCUCAUACGGCAGGAAAGGCGAAUUAAAACCCACAAAAAUUUAGAGCCUUACGAAGAAUGGAGGAGAAAAACAUUGUUGAGCAGCUCUAUCACUUGUAUUUAUGAAUCUAAUUUAUGUCUCGCUUGUUUCAGAGAGUGUAUAUCAUCUUGGUUCUCUCAACCGGCCGGACCACUGCCUCAAAGAAUCGAACACUUUAAUUGAAGAUCAUUACCUCAGUUAAAUGUAUCCUGCCGCUCGAGUUGUUCUUAUAUUUGUGAUCCCAAUGUUAACAUGUUAAGGUAGAAAUCUGUAAUUUUUUUUUUUGCAUCUCGAAUUUAAAUAUGUACCUCUGAAAAUAUAUGCCAUAAGUCUCUUCUCCUUCACAUUCGGAAUGGAAAAGGUUGUUUUUAAAAAGUCUAAUUUCUGUAUGUCUAAAGGAAUUCCUAAAUUUCCGAAUGUCAAGCUUGUUUUUAUGAUUUGCAUCUUGAAUCUACCUUGGAACUGGUUCUACCUAUUCCAAGAAACUUUUGCAUGUGAUCGUGCUGUGUGGUCCAGGCGCACGCAACAUUUGCAGGAGAUCUGAAUAAUCCUUUUGCGACAUAAAUCUGAAUAAAAUCUAGUACAGUGAGUUCUUUCAAUUCACACGAAUGUAACUAUUUGAAUUCCCCUUACUGAAGACGCUGAUACUAUACUUCGUCAUUUGGGACAAACCUUUACUAAGUUACAUAAGAGACGCCUUGCACCAAUACACCGUUUCCAAUAGGUAAGAAGGGCACAAAGGAACCAGACCAUUUCAGAGAUGGUGGUCUUUACUCAAGAGCUUCCCCAAAUCACAAGAUAUAGCAACAGUGUCUUCAGUCUGGGGAAUGCAGA